GGAGCUGCACGAUAAGGUUACACGAGGACUCGAUACACAAUUUGCGAUUGCUGCGCCUGUCGUAUUCCUCUGGAAGUCUGGAUAUCCACCCGAGAACCUCUGGCGACCUUGCGCACCACCAUCACUACCACCGAUAUCGAAUUUCGCACAAUCGAUCAUCUCAUACGCGCGGGCGCACGCGCGAGUUUCGUGCAUGGCGCGGUUGAACGAGCCGCCCAUUGCACCUGCUCCGACGACAGCGACGAGUCUGGUCGCGGGCGUUGGUGCUGCAGGAGCAGAGAGUGUUGAAGUCUUAAAACGCAGAUUUAUCCGACAGAAUCGCGAACUCGCAAAGAACAAUUCGACACAAUCCCUCCGCAUCCGAAGCUUGGAGCUGGAAGUCAGCAAGCUGCUGAGCGAUAAUUUAGAUUUGAGGGAACAGGUGCUCAGCCUACAGAAUGAGUUGUACGACGCGCGGAUGCAGGCGAGCAGCGCUGCGGCAAGGAGAGUCAAGCAGGACCUGAAGGCGAAGCUGGCAGAACUCAGCGGGCUGGUAGAUGGCAUCGACGAGGGUGGUGAUGCGGUCGAGGAAAGAGACAUGCCCGAAAAAGCUCGCAUCCUCAGCCCGAGCAGACAACAGUAUCGCGAGAGACAACCCUUGGCCGAGCUCAUGCAAGAUACGCAAAUGCCGACUAUCACCGAGAAUAAGAUGUUUCCAAGACGGACUCUCGAGGAGCUGGAGAUCAGGGAGAUCCGUCUUAGCGGAGGCAGUACCGCGAGUGGGAGUCCAGAUCUGGGGCCACCGCCUGUUGCGCAUUUUGACGACCUACCAAAGCUGAGCCAGGAAGACCCUGUGGAACCAGAGGACAGUAGCAACCAAGUGGAGGAGCUUCUUCCAUCUAUCAACCUCGAAACACGCCGGAAGAGAAAGGAUCCAUCGCAACCACGGGAAUCAAGGAGAUCUUCAAUUCUGGCACAUAGUCCCGACAAGACUGAUGAUGCCCCAACUACGAUACUGAAGACAGGUGCCAAGAGGAAACUGUCUGAUCGUGAUAAUGACAAGCCCAUAAAGCCGCCUGCGCAGGGAGACUUCACGUUCAGCAGAAAACCUUCUGCGACGCAACCAGCACCCGAGGAGACUGAAAUACCGACUGUCGCGAUCAAACCACCUGUGGAGUACAUUGAGAGGCCGUCGUCGCCCACGAAGCCAGGAAGGAGGGUUCUUGGCGACAAGAGCACCAAUAUGUCGCCUGUCAAGACUACUCGCAGAGCGACGGAGCCAGUGCAAGAGGAUCUGAGGAAGCCAGUCGACUCCAAGCCUACCAUUGAGCGUGAGCGUGCACCAUCGCGCAGCAGUCGAAGGCUAUCAUCCAUGUCAGCAAUUCCGGUCCCUGCUCCUCAUGACGACGAUGCACCAGCGAUAGCAGAAAUCGCUCCAUCUCGACCUUCCUCUACUGAGGUGAUACCCGAAACGCCAGCCAAUUUCGAUGUCUUCUCGCCCGCUACGUCCCAGCCGUCUGAGAAGAAUGGAGGUCGCGAUACACCUCCGCCGGCGGACCUCUCGUCGAUCAGCAACACCACAGAAGGCAGCCAGCGACCUUCGCGGCGGGCACGAUCAGCAGUAAAUUAUGCUGAGCCGUCGCUCGUGGCGAAGAUGCGUCGACCUGACAAGAAGAUGGCAGACGCCAUAUCUGGCCUGCAAGAUCCGCGACGAGUCAUGAGCACAUCUACUACGACCAAGAGAACAGGCUCGGGUGUUGUGAAGAUUAAAGAAGAAGCCGCAGACGACUCGUCAUGGGGCGGCCUCCCGCAUACUAGCAGUCUCAGCAGAGAGAGCAUGGGCUCACCACUUCGGCAUCUUACAACUGACGACCGGCCACACAUCUCUCCACGCCCUUCACCUCGUGCAUCGCCUGCCCGAUCUUCGGCUGGUCUCUUGGGCGACAUUGGAGAAUCCAUCGAUGUCAUACCCCGCUCCCCACGCUCAUCCACAGCGGACUCCAUCUCGACUCUACUCGCGAAUUCUAGGAAAAGACGCGAAGCUUUAGAUAAGAGGAUCAGUCCGCCUCCAGACCAGGUUGACGCUGCGACUAAGAGGCUGGAAGAGCUCGACCUGUACGACUUCAAAGAAUCCAGCUCUCCAGCAAGUGUGGACGAUUCGUCAUCGACGAGUGGCAAGGUCGGCGGAAGGGUUAUUGCGGCUCACAGAAGGCAUAGCAGUGUACCAAAAGCAACGCCACCAGCUACGGUCACUGCUGCCGCGGCCAAGAGCGCAAGUGCGAGCGCAAAUGCCGGGACUACUGCUACUACGACUGUCGGACAUGGCUCGCGAAUGGCGAGUAGAAGACGAAGCAUGAUGGUGUGAGGAAUUCGACAUUUUCGUUGAUAUUGCUGUUCAGCGAGCGAGCGACUUCUGUUUGAGCGAUCGUUUUUUGCUUCUGUUGCCCGGAUUGCUGUACAGAGACAGAAUUUCCUGAACGGGUCACUUAUCGGAACAGAUGGUGGAAAGGGUCGUUACUGGUGUGGGGCACGAUGGCUUUGCUGGAUCGGAGGAAAGUGGACGGGAAGGGGGCGCUUUCGUCGUUCUUAUCGGGUUACACAGAAACAAUCGAACGACCAAAUCAAAUUCUUCAAUGCAUUUCCCAACA